GUCGACUGAAGCAGCGUUGGGCUGACCGAAAGUCAGCUCUAUUCUUCUUGAGAUGCUUCACAUUAUACGUUGUUUUUCCUGAAAGCCUUCAUAGAAACUUGGAAUCAUGGUCACCCUUGAACAACUCGAUGACGAUACCCUGAUCUACGUGUUUUCGUUUCUUUCCAUUCCGAAUAUUUUGUUGUUCGGACAGGUGUCGAGACGUAUAUAUGCCAUCUCUAAACAACGGAUCGUCUGGCAUUACGCGUCAACCUUCCAAAUCACUGGACAAGGUAUCCCUUUCCGAUCAAUCAACCCAGCAGAUCAGUCGGCGGAGGGGCUCAGGUCGCGGGUGAAGCGGGCAUAUAAGAUUGGGAGCUGCUGGCGCUCUGAGCAAAUGCGCUUGGACGAAGUAUCAUCGGCGAAUGUCAGCAAGGCAGUCCCUGUAGAAGACAUCCGAUUUCUGCCUGGGUUUGGUGAGCGUUUCGUCGUAGUCGCUUCCAAGGGCAUAUGGUCUACCAUUACCUUAUGGGACACCGUCUUGGCUAUUGAGAAGUGUCGAUGGGCUCCACGGAAGGCUAUAUUCAAUGGACUUGCCGUCAACACGGAUCCUUCGUCCGUGGCCAGUCUAGCUGUAUCUGUACAGCAAGAUGGCGUCUCAAAAGUCGAGCUUUUGGGCAUUGAUACCGACGUCACUUUUGAGACCGUUCGGUUCAGGUCCCUAAACUCAGUCGAUACACACCACCGUCCCAUCACUCUAAAGGGGGAGCUAUUGGCAUUGGCCGAUAACGAACUCGAAGCAGUAAUCUGGAACUGCAGGGAUAACUCUUAUGCAACACUCCGAACAUCUGCAACUAUGGACGGCUGGCAGGAUAAGUGUUUGCAGAUCCUGUUCUGCUACAACAGUAUUCUUGUCGUGAGAGCCCGGUCCAUUCACCUCUUCCAGGAACCAGAGCUGCGUUUCUUUCCAAGCGCACCCAUAAUCUCCCCAAUCGUAAGCCACAGCUUUGGCUGGCCAGACGGCAUCGCUGCGUGUAUCACCCCCCAAAGUUCUGGAUCUUCCUCAGAUAUCCUUGAUGAGGAUCAUCGCCUUUCAAUUCUCGUUCGCAGGAAGAGUGCGGAUCCAUGGUCUACCCAUCAUCUACUACAGCUAUGGACACUCGAGCGUCAAACCAUGUUUGACAUUGAAGAUCUAGACGAGAUUAUCUCCGCCAACUCUCCCUCCGGUUGUCCCUACGCCUUCCCUCCCGUUGAGGCAGCUAGCCUCGUCUCUCCUCACAGCGGCCCCCUGCACUGUACCAACAUGGUCUUGGGCGCCUAUGGCAGCGCCGUAUGGGUCCAACCUGCCGAUCGAGCCUCAACUGGACUUUUAUCCGACGACGUUCACUUGCAGGCGAUACCAGUCUCGGUAGCACCGCAGUCUCUUGCCGCUGGUCUAUUCCCAGGACUCCUGAAAGGGCCCGAGCCGGAAAGCCGGAUACAUUGUUCAUACCCGAAUACCUGUAGCAACUGGUCUUGUUUAGACUACGAUGAGACGUCGGGUCGGGUCGCUCUUGGUUCUACAUCUGGGUCAGUCACGGUUUUGCGGCUGUCGUCGUAAUACCAGAUAGCCGUAGCCAUUUCACGAGGUUUUUAUCGAUAAUUCUGUUUGUGUCCUUGUGAUUAGAUGGCCUGGUUUACCGAAAGUUGUAUUUUUGUCGCGAAAUAAACUUCGGUUCCCUCAUCAUUCUCUAGGGCAUCUUAUCAUGCGAGCCUGGGCCAACGUUUGCCACGAAAGGUUGUGUUGACCGCAAAAACAUCUCACCCUGACCGUGCGUUCCUUGCUAUGGCGUCUUGUGACUGAUAGUGCUCGCAGGUGGCGCAUUGACCAUUGUGUUCGGCCAACUACGCACGCAAUCGAGGUCCUAAGUAUAGUGUAACGCGCAAAUUAUAGCUCCUCAGUCUACCGAGCCUUAUCACUCGACCGACCACCUGCGGGUGGUGCGAUAAGCGUCCGCUCUAGGAAAAGAGACGUUAUGCGCGCUAUCGGUCUCAUAUAAGCUCUUCCGUGUCUUCUCUGCGUCUUCCCUACGCUUCGCCCCCACGCCCGCAAGAUGUCAAGUUCUUCGCCCUUCGAGGCGAUAGACACCGUUGAUUUCAUUUCUAAUGUUCCUCAACUGUCGCCUGUGGACGAGAAGAGGCACUCUAAGCCUGCUUCUUCGUUGGACGAUGCAAGCGAAGAGAAGAAGCGUGGUGGCGAACAGAUCGACUACGCCUCUGCGAUCGACUCGGAGGUGGGCCUCGAGGGCGGGAUCAUCAAUGUGAACAAUAUCAACACGGACGAUCCAUUCCCAAUCGAGGAAGGCGAGAUGGUCGAAGAACAACAGCUUACAUUCCGCGCUGUACUCGUGGGAUGUGGGCUAGGUGCCGUUAUCGCUGCGAGUAACGUCUACCUCGGUCUCAAGACGGGCUGGACAUUUGGCGCCUCUCUCUUUGGCUCCAUCUUCGGCUUCGCGAUCCUCAAACCGCUCUCGACCGCCCUCCCACGCUGGGCAGGCGGCGGGCCCUUUGGCCCCAAAGAGAACAACGUCUGCCAAUCCGCUGCCUCUGCCGCCGGCUCGCUCGGGCUGCUGUUCACGUCCGGCUUCCCUGCUUUAUACGAGCUCGGGCUGCUCGAGUCGCCCUCGGCCGACAUUGGCAGGCUCUUCACCUUCACGGUGUGCUGCGCCUUCUUCGGGCUCGCGUUCAGCGUGCCUCUCCGGCGGUUCUACAUCCUCAAGCUCAAGCUCGUGUUCCCGAGCGGGAUCGCGGCCGCGUACACGAUCCGGUCGCUGCACGUCGGUAGAAAUGCGGCGGAGGCGGCGAGGAAGAAGACGUGGGCGUUGUUCUGGUCGUUCGUCGCGGCGAUCACGCUGCGUGUGGUGAGCGAGUAUGCGCCGGGCUUGCUGUGGGACUGGCAUGUGUUCUAUGCGCUCAACCGCGUUGGGUGGGAGGGUAUCAUUGCUGCGGAGAGCUGGGGGUGGAUAUGGGAGUGGACACCGGCGUUCAUUGGGGCUGGGAUGCUUACCGGUAUCAACGCAUCAUACAGUUUCUUGGGUGGAGCCUUCCUUGCAUGGGCGAUCAUCGGUCCAGUCAUCGUGUCGAAGGGCAUGGCGUUUGGACAGCUCGAAGCAACUCCUGUGAACAUCACUGGCUACAUGAACUACAUGGGAAUGGAACUCUCGGACCCCAUAAACGCCCCUUCUCCGCGGUACUGGCUCGUCUGGCCGGGCACACUCAUGCUCCUCUGCGCCUCGUUCACGGAAGUGGCUUGCAACUGGCGCUCGCUCUUCGCCGCGGCCAUAUCCGCGUACCAUAAUUUCCGCACGCACUUCCUUGCUUCCCGGAUCAGCAGCAGCUCAUUGGACAGCGAAGGUGAUGGAGAAAAGGACAAGGCCGAAGUUGUAGAGAUAGUGGACCCUGUGCCAGUGAACGAGCAGGUGCCAUGGUGGCUCUGGGGUGGAGUGCUUGCUGCGAGCAUUAUAGUGACGUGCAUCGUGAUGGGUGUGCAAUUUGGACAAAACGUUGGGAUUACCAUCCUUGCGAUCAUCUUCGCAUUCAUCUUCAGCUUCAUCGGAUGUGAGAGUUCCGGGCGGACAGAUAUCAACCCCGUCACGUCCAUCGGGAACGCGUCGCAGCUCGUCUUCGGCGGCAUCGCGAAAGGACGCGGAUAUUCUGUCGCCAAGGGUGAGCUCCUCAACUCGCUCUCGGGAAUGCUUGCUCUCGGCGCUGCCGAGCAGGCGUCGGACAUGAUCUCGGACCUAAAGACGACGCAUCUUCUGCGCGCGUCACCCCGCGCCGUGUUCUUGGCGCAGCUUUGCGGCGCCGUCGUUUCUGUGUUUAUGGCAGCGGGUGUAUAUGUGGUGUUCUCGACUGCAUACCCGUGCAUCAAUAAUCUCGGGUACGAGACGUGCAGUUUUCCGACACCGGAUGUCCAAGCUUGGAGGGCAGUCGCGAUAGCUGUAUCGUCGGACACACUUCCCAUCCCAACCUCGUCGGGCUACACUGCGAUCGGGCUUGGCAUCGCUGCAGUACUCUCUGUUGUGGUAAAGUAUACAAUUGUACCACCGAAAUACCACGUCUGGGUUCCGAACUUCAACGCUAUUGGGAUCGGCUUUAUCAUGAACGUAUGCACAUACCCCGUUGCCAUGUUUUUCGGGUCCACAGUCACCUUCUUCUGGCGUCGAAUGUUCUUCAAGAAUUACGAGAUGUACUGCUUCGCCGUCGCUGCGGGGUUCAUCGCUGGGGAGGGCCUCGGCGGUAUCGUAACUGCUGUGCUAACAAUUGCCGGUGUGUCUGGCUCGGUUUUCGGCACGACUAUUGGGUGCCCUGGUGCGCUUUAUUGUGGUUAGGAUGGUGCUUAAAACAAUCAAUUUUAAAGAUGUAAACACGACGCAGUGUAUGAUAGAGAUAAUAUACAAAUAUGAC